UGUCUGGCCAAUCAGACCACAUGGUUCAAGGAAAGUCAAGCGAGCUGUGCGGAAGAGACACUUAAGCUGAAAUAACUGACCGUAAACUUUAUUUCUUAUUCUCAUAUGUUCUAUGGUUAUUCUGUCUUGAAGAUGAAUAGUGUUGGAGAGGGCUGCACUGAUCUAAAACGGGAAUAUGACCAGUGUUUUAACCGUUGGUUUGCUGAGAAAUUCUUGAAGGAAGAUCGAAGCGGUGAUCCCUGUACCGAAAUGUUCAAGAAAUAUCAGCACUGUGUCCAGAAGGCCAUCAAAGAAAAGAACAUUCCCAUUGAUGGUGUAGAAUUCAUGGGCCCCAAUAAAGAGAAACCAGACAGCUGACAGAUGCGAUGGAUGAUCUCCCCAACAACGUUAUGCUCUGUGACUCACUUGCAAUGCUCACUGGGCUUGCCAUGGACAGGGUUUCCACCCUUUUAUCUUGGAUUGGGUUUUGUUUAAGGUCACUGUCCUUCUAAUGUGGAGACUAAUGAGCAUUCAUAUGAAGGCUCCAACAUGCUAAAUUACAUGACGAUGGGUUUUGUAAUUUGUAUGUUGGGCAUGGAUUACAAGUGGAAGCUAUGAAUCCAGACAUUUGAGUCAGGCCAAUAAAUGUCACAUCAGAUACUCAUUCAUUGUAAAGGACUAUGAUGCUUUGCAAAGGGAGUUUCAUUUUUUUCAGUUAUAGAAUUAUUGACACCUACUAUAAGAAUGUCCCUCAAGACAAAUGAAGGCAUUAAUAUGGAAGCAUUGGGCUAGAAGAGAAAGCUCAAACAAGGACAUUUAUUUGGUUUACACUGUGCAAGAGCAGAUGUUGUUUCUAUCUUGCUCCAUUGCACUUCAGAGUUUUCAGUGUAUGAUUUUUCUCUCUCUGUGUAUGAUGCAAUGUAAUGCUGUGAUUGACAUGUACAUUGACAAAACAAUAAAUAGGAGAAUCAUGUUCCAUUA